ACUACUAACUACUCAGAAGUCAGACCUCGGUGGCUGCUUCCUCUCUCAACCCUAAAUCUUCGUAUCUUCUACGUCCUGCGACCACGAAAGAGACAUAGCGAUGUCAAUGGAGAAUCCUCCAGGGAAACAAGGAGUUGAAUCACUAUCUCUUACUGCAGGGGAUGAAUCCUCCUCUUUGAAUCCGUUGAAUUGUACCACACAGAUGAGUGUUGAAGAAAAAUUCAGGAUUGUGAGGAGUAUUGGAGAAGAAUGCAUCCAGGAGGAAGAACUGUUGAAUCUUCUUACCAAAAAGCCCCAACCCAUCUGCUAUGAUGGGUUUGAACCCUCUGGCCGAAUGCAUAUUGCUCAGGGUGUUAUGAAGACGAUCAAUGUUAAUAAACUGACUUCAGCUGGUUGCAAAGUAAAGAUUUGGAUAGCAGAUUGGUUUGCUCAAUUGAACAACAAAAUGGGUGGAGAUUUAAACAAAAUCCAAACUGUUGGACACUACUUAAUUGAAAUCUGGAAAGCUGCAGGCAUGAAUUUGGAAGAUGGUAAAGUAGAGUUUAUUUGGUCUUCUGAAGAAAUUAAUUCAAGGGCACAUGAAUACUGGCCAUUAGUCAUGGAUAUUGCUAGAAGAAACAAACUUCCUAGAAUAAUGAGGUGUUGUCAGAUUAUGGGUCGAAGUGAGCAGGAUGAACUGACUGCAGCCCAAAUCUUCUACCCAUGCAUGCAAUGUGCUGAUAUUUUUUUCCUCAAGGCUGAUAUCUGUCAAUUAGGCAUGGAUCAAAGAAAAGUUAAUGUUCUUGCAAGGGAGUACUGUGAUGACAUCAAAAGAAAAAACAAGCCUAUCAUAUUAUCUCAUCAUAUGCUUCCGGGUUUGUUACAAGGACAAGAAAAGAUGUCAAAAUCUGAUUCUUCUUCUGCUGUUUUUAUGGAGGAUGAAGAGGCUGAGGUUAAUUUAAAGAUAAAGAAAGCAUAUUGUCCACCCAAUAUUGUUGAUGGGAAUCCAUGUCUUGAGUACAUUAAAUACAUUGUAUUCCCUUGGUUUAAUGAGUUCAAAGUUGAAAGGAAAGAGGAAAAUGGAGGCGAAAAGGUUUUUACCAGUUAUGAUGAAUUAAUUGAUGCUUAUGCAAAAGGGGAGUUGCAUCCUGCUGAUUUGAAACCUGCACUAUCCAAAUCUUUGAAUAAGAUAUUGCAGCCUGUGCGUGACCAUUUCAAGAAUGAUGAGAAGGCCAAGGCUUUACUGAAGAGGGUUAAGGCUUUCAAAGUUACAAGAUGAUGGAAGUCUUUUAGUGAGUGGAUGAGAAGAUGGGAGUUUAGUCAUAUUAAACAAAUUGUUCAAAUUUUCUUCACAUUAUAUUUUAUAUUUUGCAUCAACUGCUUUCAUUACUUUUUGGAAUAGUAACACUUGAAACACAACCUUUUGGAAUACUAACACUUUAAACACAGAUUGGUUUUAAUUAUUUUGGAAGAA